AUGUUGAAAUUCGAUGUCGAAGUUUCCUUGAUAUGGACGAGAGAAGGUGCCGUUGCCAAAACAUUUUACAUCCUGAUCCGCUAUGCUCCAAUACUUGUUCUACUACCUAUAGUCUCGAGUCAUGACCAAUCCCAUAAGAAGCUAUCCAAUAUCGACAAGGCUGCACAUGUCAAAUCAGUAACUUCGUCCCGCUUCUUGCUCAAGGAGUCAUCACCAUCUGUAUUCACCCUCCGCGUUUAUGCACUUUACGUCAACAACAGGUUUAUAAAGAAACUUCUCGUGAUCGUGGUUACUGCGAUAAACCUAGCGCUCCUGGGCCUUGUCCUUGUGACCGCCACCAUAAUCUCCAGAAACCAGACAUGGGUUCCCUCCCUCAAGAUUUGUCUCAACCCAGAAAGUCCGCAGAGGUUCUAUUCCCUCUACUAUGGGUCCACGCUCAUUGCCGAAACAAUCAUCGCUAUAGCCACCUUCUACCAUGCGAUUCACUUCCACAGCAAAUGCCGCAGCCUCCGGCGAACUAACCCAGGAAUCAUUAUUGCCGCACUCCAUAGAGAUGGAUUCAGCUACUUUGCGUUAAUCUUCUCGACGAGGUUGAUCCUUUGCAUCAUGGCAAGCUUCCGGCACUAA